AUGUCUUCUUUCUCUUUUAGCUCCCUCGAGAGUCUCUCCCUGGCGGAUAGAGUAUUGUUCAACAAGUUCAGCAAGGGCGCCGAGUGUCCCAUCCCGUACGAUGUCGCACACCACGCGUUCGAGGCGGUUGCGCAGGCGCAUCCCAACCUUACAGCGGUUCGACACUACGAUGGAAGCACAAUCACAUAUGCCGAGCUCGACCGACGAGCGAACAUGCUCGCCAAUGAGCUCAUCCACACAUACGGUUUGAGGAUAGGUGAUCGUGUAGUGUUGGUCUACUCACGAUGUAUCGAGAUGGUGGUCUUCAUCAUGGCUGUCCUCAAGGCUGGUGGACAGUACGUGCCAUUGGAUGGCGGUAUCGUCACAGAUGACACUCUAGGCUUUGACAUUGCCGACUCUGACGCUCCAGUUGUUCUGUGUCUCCCCAAGUUCUUCGAAAAGGUGGUUCGAAGUGUUCCGGAUGACAGACGGAACAUGGUCAACGUCGUUGAUCUUGACUCCACUUCACCUCUUUGGAAGAUGGGAAACCCAUCAAAUCCCAUGGUCGAGGUCAACACUGACGAUGGCGCAUACGUCAUCUACACAUCCGGCACUACCGGUCGACCCAAGGGUGUUGAUGUGCGCCACAGAGGUGUCACCAACACCCUCUUGGCAGAGCCUUCCAAGCUCGGCAUCCGACCUGGAAGGAAUGUGGCACAGCAGCUCAACGUUGCCUUUGAUAUGUGCGCAUGGGAGAUUCUUGGUACCAUGAUGAACGGUGGCACACUCCACAUCCGAGGCAGCGGUCUCCAGCCCUGGACGGAAUGUCUCCAACGCUGCGACACCAUCAUCGCUACACCCUCCGUCGUCCUCAAGUACAUGCCCAACGUCGAAGACUUCCCCAACGUCGACACCAUCGCCGUUGGUGGCGAACCCUGUCCCUUGGCUCUGGCUGAGAAGUGGGCUCCUCACAUCAACUUCUGGAACGUUUGCGGACCUACAGAGAUCAGCAUGCUCAACACAUGCCAUCUUCACCAACCAGGUAUUCCAUUGUCGAUUGGAAAGCCCAACCCCAACACCAACGUUUACAUCUUGGAUGACAAUGAGAACCCUGUUCCCGUUGGUCAGCCUGGUGUUAUGUGGGCGGGUGGUCCUGGUGUUUCGGCGGGUUACAUUAAUCUGCCUGAACUGACAGCUACACGAUACAAGCUGGAUAAGUUCACCAACGAUGGAACCAUGAUGUUCAACACUGGCGAUCUCGCUCAGUGGCUUGAAGACGGCAGCCUUCUUCCCCUUGGCCGCAAAGACGACCAAGUCAAGAUCCAAGGUUUUCGCGUCGAACUUGACGGUGUCUCACGAUCUAUCGAAACCACUCCCGGCGUCAUCAAGGGCUGUGCUCUCAAGAUUGAGAACGCUCUCUGGGGAUUCUACUCUUCAGACGUUCAGAUCGACGAGAACCAGCUGAAAGCCGCCGUCGGCAAGUCGCAGCCAUUCUAUGCCGUCCCAUCAGUCUGGAAGCAUCUGCCUGUUCUUGAGCUCACGCCCAAUGGAAAGGUCGACAAGCGCGCUCUGAUGAAGAUUGCUACUGAGGGCGCAUUGAUGGACUCUCUAGGUCUCACCGUUGCGAAGCCUAGACCUCAGACUUUGUGGCCUUCUGGAGAGCGCAUGAUGUCGAUGACCAGUUCGACUGAUGGAACGAUUGUUGGCACAGAUAAAAACGUCAUGCGAGAUCUUGAGAAGGAUGACAAGCCAUUGGUAGAUGAGUACAACGAGGAAGAGUUUCCUCUCCCUGAGAAGAACGGCAUCCACGGAUGGCGAUGGCUACGACACACAGCCUUCUCAGCAUACCGCAAGCUCUUUGGCUUCAUCUUUGUCACAAACCUGACGAUUCUCAUCAUUCUUCUGGUUAACAGUCGCGAUAAUGAUUAUUAUCCCAAGCCCGCACACGUGGCCACGGCAGUUGCUUCGAACCUCCUCGCCGCAGUCCUCGUCCGCCAAGAGUACGUCGUCAACGCCAUCUUCUUCACCUGUUCCCGCGUCCCGACCUCAUUCCCGCUCUCCAUCCGCCGUCACUUUGCCCGCGUGUACCACAACGGCGGAGUGCACUCUGGCUGCGCCGUCUCCGCCACGGCCUGGUGGUUCAUGUACACCAUCUCCGUCACGCGCGAUUUCCUCUCCGAGAAGCACCCAGCACAGAUCAAGUCAGUCGUUCUCGCUCUGACGUAUAUCAUUCUAGGCUUCCUCUGCUUCAUUCUCGGUAUGGCGUGGCCGUCGAUCCGCAUGAAGAUGCACGAUCAGUUCGAGUGGACGCAUCGGUUUGUCGGAUGGACUUCUGUGGCUCUGGUGUGGGCGCACAUUAUUGUCUCAACGGCAGCUUCCACGACAGGACCGCUGGGGCCGGCGCUGGCGCAGAGUCCGACGAUUUGGCUGCUGUCGCUCAUCACAUUGUGCAUCGCUCUGCCCUGGACAAGGCUUCGACGUGUCAAAGUCGUGCCUGAGCCUUUGUCCAAGCAUGCUGUUCGUCUUCACUUUGACUUUUCCACACCUCCACCUUGUUCAUCUCGAGGUGUUCGCAUCACCGAUCGGCCGUUGGUAGAGUGGCAUGCUUUUGCAGCCAUUCCAGAGCCCAGUGGUAAGGGUUUCUCGAUUGUUGUCUCCAAGGCUGGUGACUGGACCAAGCGCAUCAUCGAGAAGCCCCCGACAUCCAUCUGGACACGAGGAACGCCUGCAUCUGGUGUUCUUGCCAUCGCUCCUUUGUUCAAGAAGGUUGUUCUCGUGGCCACUGGUUCUGGUAUCGGACCUUGUUUGCCCGUCAUCAUGGAGCGACGCGUCCCGUGCAAGGUAGUCUGGUCAACCAAGAACCCUCUGUCGACAUAUGGCCAGGGUAUCCUCGACACAAUUUUGGCUUGCGAUCCAGAUGCCACUAUUUGGGACACCGAUGCGAAGGGUAGACCGGAUAUGGUGAAGUUGGCUUACCAGGCGUACAAGGAGAGUGGCGCUGAGUGUGUUUGUAUUAUUUCCAACAGAUCUGUCACAGCCAAGGUGGUGUAUGGGCUAGAGAGUCGUGGUAUUCCGGCGUAUGGUCCUAUUCUUGAUUCCUAA